AGGGAAACGGAGGCGCCAUAGCCACGGUAGUCGUGGCGACCAAGCAACCCGGCAACGCGAGUCAACAACAACAACCGCCCGGUCGACCCCCACCCCCGCCCCCCCGGCGCGGCCUGGGGACCCUGGCACGUUCCGUCUCCCUCCCAACAUCGCCUCUGAGACCUCCGAAAAGCCUUUCCGCGGACAGAAGUGGGGAGAAGCCGAGGAAGAGGAAAAAAAAAAAGCCUUAUUUAUUCUCAUUUCCCCACUGUUGGCAUGGCAACCCAGGCGUACGUUACGGAGCUACAGGCAGCCCCGCAAGCAUCCCAGCCACCGCAGGCCCAGCCCCAGCCACCACCACCACCACCCCCAGCCGCGCCCCAGCCCCCCCAGACACCCACCGCCUCGGCCACCCCCCAGCCCCAGUAUGUCACCGAGCUGCAAAGCCCCCAGCCCCAGGCGCAGCCACCGGGCAGCCAGAAGCAGUACGUGACGGAGCUCCCGGCUGCCCCCACGCCCUCGCAGCAAGCUGGCGCGCCCACCCCGUCCCCUGCGUCCCAGCAGUACAUCGUGGUCACCGUCUCUGAGGGUGCCAUGCGAGCCAGCGAGACGGUGUCGGAAGCCAGCCCGGGCUCCACAGCCAGCCAGACCGGCGUCCCCACUCAGGUGGUUCAGCAGGUGCAGGGCACCCAGCAGCGCUUGCUGGUGCAGACCAGUGUGCAGGCCAAGCCGGGCCACGUGUCACCCCUCCAGCUCACCAAUAUCCAGGUGGCCCAGCAGGCUCUCCCCACACAGCGUCUGGUGGUGCAGAGCACAGCGCCAGGCAGCAAGGGUGGCCAGGUGUCCCUGACAGUCCACGGUACCCAGCAGGUGCACUCGCCUCCUGAGCGGUCGCCGGUGCAAGCCAAUAGCUCCGCCAGCAAGACAGCUGGGGCCCCCACGGGCACAGUGCCCCAGCAGCUGCAGGUUCAUGGUGUCCAGCAGAGUGUCUCCGUCACCCAAGAGAGGUCUGUGGUCCAGGCCACCCCGCAGGCACCCAAAGCAGGCCCCGUGCAACAGUUGACCGUGCAGGGACUUCAGCCAGUCCACGUGGCUCAAGAGGUGCAGCAGCUCCAGCAGGUCCCGGUGCCGCAUGUGUACUCCAGCCAGGUCCAGUACGUGGAGGGCGGCGACGCCAGCUACGCAGCCAGCGCCAUGACCGUGCCCCUCGGCCACCCAGCUCUCCCCGCCCUGGCCCUCACGCCCACCCCCUCUGCCUCUCCCAGCCGCUCCAGCACCUACGCCUACCCCGAGGCCCCGCUGUACACGCAGCCGGCGGGCACCAGCUACUACGAGGCCGCAGGCACGGCCACCCAGGUCAGCUCACCGGCCACCUCACAGGCGGUGGCCAGCAGCGGCUCCGUGCCCAUGUACGUGUCCGGCAGCCAGGUGGUGGCCAGCUCCGCCAGCAGCGGGGGUGGGGCCAGCAACGGCAGCGGAGGUGGCGCAGGCAGCGGCGGGGGAGGCGGCGGCAGCGGGGGUGGCAGCGGCGGCAGCAGCAGCGGCAGCAGCAGCAGCGGCGCAGGCACCUAUGUGAUCCAAGGCGGCUACAUGCUGGGCAGCGCCAGCCAGUCCUACUCCCACACCACCCGUGCCUCGCCAGCAACGGUCCAGUGGCUGCUGGACAACUAUGAGACGGCGGAGGGCGUGAGCCUGCCCCGCAGCACCCUCUACUGCCACUACCUGCUGCACUGCCAGGAGCAGAAGCUGGAGCCCGUCAACGCCGCCUCCUUCGGCAAACUCAUCCGCUCCGUCUUCAUGGGGCUGCGCACGCGUCGGCUCGGCACCAGGGGCAACUCCAAGUACCACUACUACGGCCUGCGCAUCAAGGCCAGCUCGCCCCUGCUGCGGCUGAUGGAGGACCAGCAGCACAUGGCCAUGCGGGGCCAGCCCUUCUCCCAGAAGCAGAGGCUGAAGCCCAUCCAGAAGGUGGAGGGCGUGACCAACGGGGUGGCCGUGGGGCCGCAGCAGGCCGUGGGGCUGUCCGACAUCAGCGCCCAGGUGCAUCAGUACCAGCAGUUCCUGGAUGCCUCUCGGAGUCUCCCUGACUUCACUGAGCUUGACCUCCAGGGCAAAGUCCUGCCCGAGGGCGUCGGGCCGGGGGACAUCAAGGCCUUCCAAGUCCUGUACCGGGAACACUGUGAGGCCAUCGUGGACGUCAUGGUGAACCUGCAGUUCACGCUGGUGGAGACGCUGUGGAAGACCUUCUGGAGACACAACCUCAGCCAGCCCAGCGAGGCCCCUGCACUGGCCGUGCACGAUGAGGCUGAGAAGCGGCUGCCCAAGGCCAGCCUGGUGCUCCUCUCCAAGUUCGAGCCUGUGCUGCAGUGGACCAAGCGCUGCGACCACGCGCUGUACCAGGGCCUGGUGGAGAUCCUCAUCCCUGACGUGCUGCGGCCCAUCCCCAGUGCCUUGACCCAAGCGAUCCGGAACUUUGCCAAGAGCCUGGAGAGCUGGCUCACCCACGCCAUGGUGAACAUCCCCGAGGAGAUGCUGCGGGUGAAGGUGGCCGCGGCCGGCGCCUUCGCGCAGACGCUGAGGCGCUACACUUCGCUCAACCACCUGGCGCAGGCGGCGCGCGCCGUGCUGCAGAACACGGCGCAGAUCAACCAGAUGCUGAGCGACCUCAACCGCGUGGACUUCGCCAACGUCCAGGAGCAGGCCUCGUGGGUGUGCCGCUGCGAGGACCGCGUGGUGCAGCGUCUGGAGCAGGACUUCAAGGUGACGCUGCAGCAGCAGAACUCGCUGGAGCAAUGGGCGGCCUGGCUGGACGGCGUCGUGAGCCAGGUUCUCAAGCCCUACCAGGGCAGCGCCGGCUUCCCCAAGGCCGCCAAGCUCUUCCUCCUCAAGUGGUCCUUCUACAGCUCCAUGGUGAUCCGGGACCUGACCCUGCGCAGCGCCGCCAGCUUCGGCUCCUUCCACCUCAUCCGGCUGCUCUACGAUGAGUACAUGUACUACCUGAUCGAGCACCGCGUGGCCCAGGCCAAGGGCGAGACCCCGAUCGCCGUCAUGGGCGAGUUCGCCAACCUGGCCACUUCGCUGAACCCCCUGGACCCGGACAAAGACGAAGAGGAGGAAGAGGAGGAGGAGAGCGAGGACGAGCUGCCACAGGACAUCUCGCUGGCGGCUGGCGGCGAGUCGCCCGCGCUGGGCCCCGAGGCCCUGGAGCCGCCGGCCAAGCUGGCGCGGACCGACACGCGCGGCCUCUUCGUGCAAGCGCUGCCCUCAAGCUAAGCCCGCAGCCCCGCCCCUCCCGCCCCGCCCGCCCCUCCGUUCCUCCACGCCAGGGUCCCUCACGGCUUCUGUGGCUUCGCUGUCACCCCUCCAGGCCCGGGCCAGGGCAGGAGGGGGCCUCCGAGACAGGGAAGGCAAGGGGGGCCCCGCCCCCCGAUGGGGCCGGCACAAUCACAGGGCUGGGCGGAGCCGCAGCUGCAAACUCUGACACAAAAGACGUGCCUUAAGGAACCCGCCGCCGUGCCCAGGUGCCCCACAGGGCAGCUCGGCCCCUGCCUCCCACCCCGCCAACCAAGGUCGCAGCGUCUCCCCCACCGGCCCGCCGCCCCAGGGGGCAGGCAGGCAGGCCCCCUCUCCUAGGAACUGUUAACUUAUUCUGCUCGCUGGCUUUGCACAGCCUGUCCUGGGCCCAGCCGAGCCCCGGGCAGGCGCAGGUGGGUGGCACCUGGGGACCCCCACUGUCAGCAGCAGCCCCGGGACAACCCCCCACCCCCAGCAACCCCACUGCUUCCCCCUUCUUGGUAUAAGUGCAAUUAAAGCUGGGGGGUUGCAUCUUCUCCAGAGCUGGGCCUCCCUCGCCCCGUGGCCCCACGUCGACACUGCGACGGCGGCAGGGGCCGCGGCUUCCAGCUUCCAAAGAAGAGCAGCGGGCUGCUGCAGGGCCGGGAAGUGCCCGCGCCCGCCCGGCCAGUGCUGGGUGCUCCACACAUCCGAGGCCCUGCGCCCUCUGCGCCGCUGGUUUGUAAUGGAACCUUCUCCUGGAGACUCGCUUCUCCUCCGUGCCGUGGACCCCGCCCCCCAUGACUAUUGUGCGAUUUGUGAGCGCCGCCUGAGCGGAGUUGGUAACUUGUUGGGUUUUUUUCCAACCAUCAUGGCCUUAUCUGUUCCAGUUUUCUCAGUGUUUUCAACCUGUGAGAUAGAUGUUUAUGGCAAAAAAGAAAACAAAAAAAAAAGGAAAAUCUGACCUAUUGUAUAAGAAUCACUAUUUUGUGUGCUCCGCGUGCUACAGCUUUUGGGGUGGCCCUGCCACUCCCCCAAUGCCCACGGGGCCUCCCCUCUCCCCGGCGGUGAAAGUGUCCACACGUGUGGUAGUUUAGUGUGCCGAGCUGUUUUCUACCUUUUUGUAGUCUUUCUUAAAACACAAUAAAUUCCGCUGUGAUAUUU